AUGGCUCGACGCCUGAUCCCUCCGAGAAACUACACCACUCCUCAUUUCCCGUCCCUCAACGUCAACACCCUCUUCGAUUCCACGCCCGACAAAAGAUUUACGCUCUACUACAUCAGUGAUGUGUGGCGCUUCACAGUAAUAUGGACUCUCAUCACGUUUGCGCUGUUCCACCUCGGCGCCGUAUUCAUCGCCUUGUUCACGCACGGGUGGAAGAAGUCGUCGUGGAAGUAUCUUUGGUUGACGCCGAUUAUCUACCUGGGAGUCGCCGGGCUUGAGGCUUUGCUCUCUGGGACUAUUGUCGGAGUCAUGCUUGGGGCCGUAUACCAGGCGGGAUACUAUGAAAUGAACACUUGGAUUCCCUGCACAUGGGGAUUUAUCAAUGUUCUUACGUUGGUUAUCUCUUCCUUUUCGAUACAAGGAGGACUAUGA